CCCAGCGCGGCGCCGCGAGCGCGACGCGGGCCCCUCAAGAUCCCCGGCGCCCCGCCUCCGGAGCAGCCCCGGCCGCCGCGCGGACUCGCGCCGCGGAGAAGGUUGCUCCCUGCACCCGAGCGGAGAGGCGGGCGGCCCCGGUGAGCGCCCGGAGCCCCGGCUCCAGCGCGGGGCCUCGGGGGAGCGCAGACCUGCUGAGCCUGCGGCCAGCGCGAAGGGUGGCCGUAGGAGGAAGGGAGGAGAGUAAGUGAAGAGAAAGAACUUGAAUAGCUCCUUCCAGAAGCAAAGGGGAAGCCAGCUUGGCAGCAGACCCCAGUCUUACGAAGCAGCAGCCCCACCUGGGAGCAGGGUGGUGGCCAGAGCAAUGGUGGGAGCCCUGAAGAUACCUCAUGGCUGCUGAGCGGGCUGCCCCGUCAGGGAGCAGGGUGGCGGGCAUGGUGUGUGGCCUGUGGGUCCUGGUGCUGGUGUCCUCAGUCCUGGCUCUGGAAGAGGUAUUGCUGGACACCACUGGAGAGACAUCUGAGAUUGGCUGGCUCACAUACCCACCAGGUGGGUGGGACGAAGUGAGUGUUCUGGAUGACCAGCGACGCCUGACUCGGACCUUCGAGGCAUGCCACGUGGCCGGGGCCCUUCCCGGCCCCGGGCAGGACAACUGGCUGCAGACACACUUUGUGGAGCGGCGAGGGGCCCAGAGGGCGCACAUCCGGCUGCACUUCUCCGUGCGGGCCUGCUCCAGCCUGGGCGUGGCGGGGGGCACCUGCCGGGAGACCUUCACGCUUUACUACCGCCAGGCCGAGGAGCCCGACAGCUCCAACAGCACCUCCUCCUGGCACCUCAAACGCUGGACCAAGGUGGACACGAUCGCGGCGGAUGAGAGUUUCCCCGCCUCCUCAGCGUGGGCGGUGGGCCCGCGUGGGGCGGGGCAGCGGGCGGGGCUGCAGCUGAACGUCAAGGAGCGGAGCUUCGGGCCCUUGACCCAGCGCGGCUUCUACGUGGCCUUCCAGGACACCGGGGCCUGCCUGGCCCUCGUGGCGGUCAAGCUCUUCUCCUACGCCUGCCCCUCCGUGCUCCGCGCCUUCGCCACCUUUCCUGAGACGCAGGCCAGUGGGGCCGGGGGGGCCUCCCUGGUGGCGGCCGUGGGCACCUGUGUGGAGCACGCAGAGCCCGAGGAGGAUGGAGGAGGGGGCCAGGCAGGAGGCAGCCCUCCCAGGCUGCACUGUAACGGGGAGGGCAAGUGGAUGGUAGCCGUUGGGAGCUGCCGCUGCCAGCCCGGGCACGAGCCUGCUCGCGGAGACAAGGCCUGCCAAGCCUGCCCCAGGGGGUCCUACAAGGCCUCGGCUGGGAAUGCCCCCUGCUCACCGUGCCCUGCCCGCAGCCUCUCCCCUGACCCUGCAGCCCCCGUGUGCCCCUGCCUGGAGGGCUUCUACCGGGCCAGCUCCGACCCCCCAGAGGCCCCCUGCACUGCCCCCCCGUCGGCCCCUCAGGAGCUGUGGUUUGAGGUGCAGGGCUCUGUGCUCAUGCUGCACUGGCGCCUGCCCCAGGAGCUGGGGGGACGCGGGGACCUGCUCUUCAACGUCGUGUGCAAGGAGUGUGGAGCGGGAGGCAAGGGCCCUUGUCGCCGCUGCAGGGAUGAGGUGCAUUUCGACCCCCGCCAGAGGGGCCUGACUGAGAGCCGCGUGCUCGUUGGGGGGCUCCGGGCACACGUGCCCUACAUCUUGGAGGUGCAGGCCGUCAAUGGGGUGUCGGAGCUCAGCCCUGACCCUCCCCAGGCUGCAGCCGUCAAUGUCAGCACCAGCCACGCAGUUCCCUCCGCAGUCCCUGCUGUGCACCAGGUGAGCCGGGCCUCCAGCAGCAUCACCGUGUCCUGGCCACAGCCCGACCAGGCCAAUGGGGACAUCCUGGAUUAUCAGCUCCGCUACUAUGACCAGGCAGAAGAUGAAUCCCACUCCUUCACCCUGACCAGCGAGACCAACACGGCCACCGUGACCCAGCUGAGCCCCGGCCACAUCUAUGGCUUCCAGGUUCGGGCACGGACAGCCGCAGGCCACGGCCCGUACGGGGGCAAGGUCUACUUCCAGACGCUGCCUCAAGGUGAGCUGUCCGCCCAGCUUCCCGAGAGACUCUCCUUGGUGGUUGGGUCCAUCUUGGGGGCGCUGGCCUUCCUUCUGCUGGCGGCCAUCACCGUGCUGGCUCUCGUCUUCCAGAGGAAGCGGCGUGGGACUGGCUACGUGGAGCAGCUGCAGCAGUACAGCAGCCCAGGGCUAGGGGUGAAGUACUACGUCGACCCCUCCACCUAUGAGGACCCCUGCCAGGCCAUCCGAGAAUUCGCCCGGGAGGUCGAUCCCACAUACAUGAAGAUCGAGGAGGUCAUUGGAGCAGGCUCCUUCGGGGAGGUGCGCCGGGGCCGCCUGCAGCCCCGGGGACGGCGGGAGCAGGCCGUGGCCAUCCAGGCCCUGUGGAGCGGAGGCGCCGAGAGCCUGCAGAUGGCCUUUCUAGGCCAGGCCGCAGUGCUGGGCCAGUUUCAGCACCCCAACAUCCUGCGGCUGGAGGGCGUGGUCACCAAGAGCCGGCCCCUCAUGGUGGUGACGGAGCUCAUGGAGCUGGGCCCCCUGGACAGCUUCCUGAGGCAGCGGGAGGGCCAGUUCAGCAGCCUGCAGCUGGUGGCCAUGCAGCGGGGCGUGGCCGCCGCCAUGCACCACCUGUCCAGCUUCGCCUUCGUCCACCGCGCACUCUCUGCCCACAGUGUGCUGGUGAACAGCCACCUAGUGUGCAAAGUGGCUCGUCUUGGCCACAGUCCUCAGGGCCCAAGUUGUAUGCUUCGCUGGGCAGCCCCAGAGGUCAUUGCACACGGGAAACAUACAACAUCCAGUGACGUCUGGAGCUUUGGGAUAGUGAUGUGGGAAGUGAUGAGUUACGGAGAACGGCCCUACUGGGACAUGCGUGACCAGGAGGUACUAAAUGCAAUAGAGCAGGAGUUCCGGCUGCCCCCGCCUCCAGGCUGUCCGCCUGGAUUACACCUGCUUAUGCUGGACACUUGGCAGAAGGAUCGUACCCAGCGACCUCACUUUGACCAGCUGGUGGCUGCGUUUGACAAGAUGAUCCGCAAGCCAGACACUCUGCAGGGAGCAGAGUACUCCGGCGGGAGCCCCAGGGACAGACCUUCCCAGGCCCUUCUGAACCCCGUGGCCCUGGACUUUCCCUCUCUGGACUCCCCUCAGGCCUGGCUCUCGGCCAUCGGCCUGGAGUGCUACCAGGACAGCUUCUCCCAGUCUGGCCUCCACACCUUCAGUGACGUGGCUCAGCUCAGCCUGGAAGACCUGCCAACCCUGGGCAUCACCCUGGCCGGCCACCAGAAGAAGCUGCUGCACCACAUCCAGCUCCUGAAGCAGCACCUGAGGCCGCUGGGCUCCGUGGAGGUCUGAGCCCCGGGCAGAGAGCUAUGAACUGACAGUGCCCAUGACCCAGUCCUGGACGCAGGUCCAAGGAGGACAUGGGAGAUGUGAGCCCGUCUCCACCCUGGCCUCCGUGAGAGGCGCCCGCCCGCCACACUAAACCCGACCCUGGAGACGCCUCACUCCCUGGUCCUCUGCCCCUCCACCGCCCUCCACCGCCCUCCCCCACAUUAAAGGGAAAGAAGGGAUUUUGCAAGUUA